UUGUGUGGUGGUUUUGCUGUCGCCGAGGCUCAGAUGUGAGGGGAGCGCUCACCGUCUGCCACUCGUUUCCAUUGGAACAGACAAAGGCUCCGAGGGCUGGCGGGGGAUGCCGAGCUCAGGCCGGAAGAUGUCUGUUUCUAAUGUUUGGAAGAUGAAAUAGCAUAUCGCCAUGCAGCAUAGGACUGUUGGGACAGACUGAUGAAGCCGAUAGUGGUUUGCGGGAGGACACAGGCGCCACGCGGCGAUUGAUAAGAGUAUGUGGGGUUCUGGUUUCGCCUCGUCCCGACCUUGUGUGGUUGAACUCGGGCGGAAUCACAGUGUGCCCUUGGGGAUAUGUGGUUCCGACGAGCCUCACUCUCUUUAUGGCUAUAUCGUCGCAAUCCCUUUACGGGACUACGGUGGGAUCAUGUCGGGAUUGGGGUCGGAUUCCUGGUGGAAGAAGACCAUCUAUAUCACCGGCGGUGCCCUCCUCGCCGCUGCUGCCUAUCUAUUACAUGAGCUGCUCGCCAUCAGGAAGGAGCAAGAGUUGGACUCUAAAGAUGCCAUCAUCCUCCAUCAGUUCUCAAGGCCAAACACGGGGGUCCCCAGCCUCUCACCAUUCUGCCUCAAGAUGGAGACCUACCUACGCAUGGUUGACCUGCCCUAUCAGAACUACUUUGAUGGGAAGCUCUCUCCACAGGGCAAGAUGCCAUGGAUUGAGUAUAACCGGCAGCAGGUGUCGGGGUCAGAGUUCAUCAUUGACUUCCUGGAAGAGAAGCUGGGCGUCAACCUCAACAAGAACCUCAGUCCCCAGGAAAGAGCCGUGUCCCGGGCUGUCACCAAGAUGGUGGAGGAGCACCUCUACUGGACAAUAGCCUAUUGCCAGUGGGUAGACAACCUGGAGGAGACCCAGAAGAUGCUGUCAGUCACUGGUCCUCUCGGUGACAUGCUAAAGUGGAUCCUCAGCCACCUGAACAGCAGCAUGGUGCAAAGGGAGAUGUACGGUCAUGGCAUCGGACGCUUCUCCAAGGACGACGUCUACAAGCUGAUGGAGAAGGACAUGCGCACGCUGGCCGAACUACUCGGAGAUAAGAAGUACUUCAUGGGACCUAAAAUGUCGACAGUAGACGCUGCUGUGUUUGGUCACCUGGCCCAGGCCAUGUGGACACUACCUGGCACACAACCUGAACAGCUCAUCAAAGGCGAGCUCGUCAACUUGGCCAUGUUCUGUGAGCGCAUGCGGAGAAAGUUCUGGCCUGAGUGGUUUGUGGACAUAGAGGACCUGUGCUAUGAUGGAGCAGACACUGACAGCAGCGAGGGCUCUCCUACAUGCCUGAUGGACUUUGGCCUGUUCUCCCGGACAGACACCAUGGAGGAGAGUGAAGCCUCUGACAAACACACACACUCACACACUCACUCCCCCAAUACGGACCACUCGCUGUUCGACUCAGACGUGGGCACGUGCUCGGAGAACGAGCCGCAGCUCAAGUGUGACCCUCCUAGUCCUGACCCCCCUAAUUCUGCCCCUUCCAACCCCAGUCCCAAACCUCCCAACCCUUGACCCAUCCUCAUCCAGUGAGGUGGGGUGGUUUUGGCUGAGGCGGUCAGACGGCAGGAACGUCAAACUAAUCAGGGCGCUGCUAUCUGGAUUGGCAUCAUAGAGCUACGGAACACAGAGACACAGUUCUCGCUUCUCCUGCUGCCCCUCCCUCUCUUCCAGAGAUCAGUGCUCACACAUGGAGGCACAGUUAUAUUCCAUGAUGACUGAAAACUAUAUCCUAACAAUGUAAUAUCAGUGCACUCAGACCAACUGGGUAUUUGUAUGCAGAGUGUAUAAAUCGAACCCCAUGUUACAUGCAUUGCAUUAUGAUUUCCUCACCCCUAGUGAUGGUGACAUUGCCAACAUGUCACAAUCACAGACGUUGCCUUAUUUGUGUCAGUUGUCCCAGGGUACAGGCUAGCGUGAAACAUUUUGAGAGAGAUUGUUGGUGGAAACAGGUGUGUCUGUCCAUGGAAUACAGGCGACACGGCUGUUUCUUAGAAAUGUAACUGGUGAAAGAGAGACCAUGAUGAUGGUGAUGGUAGCAGAAACAUGAAAUCACUGGAUUUUAGAGAACAGGGGUCAGUCAUUUGCUCAGAC